AAAGUUUUCGUGGUUUCUUACAAUUCUGUGGUUACCGAUUCUUCUUACUGGGUCUUUGUAAAAACUUUCCUAAACUUUGCAAUAUGGAUGAUCUGCAGAAAGAAUUGGAUAUGGACAAUAGAGAUCCAAAUGAUCUAAACAAGCACGUCCAGACUGCAUUUGAGGAUGUAAUAGGAGAGCCAGAUGGAUCUCACAGUCCUGACUGUGUAUGGAGAAUAAGCGCCAUGUGCUUCAAAGGAGGCAAAGCUUGCUGCUACACAAUUCUGACCGGUUUAUGUGGGAUCUUCAUUGGAUUGUACUGGGGCUGCGAGUUCGCCUGCAUCUCAUUUGAGCAGAUUUGGUGCACAACUCCGAUGCUCAGGGUCUUCGGGGUCUACCUCGGGUGCUUACAGAAAUUCUUCGGUACGUGUGUAUCCUGUUGCCUAGCACCAAUCUGUGAGACUUGUGGGUUGUUGUUUAGUAACAUCUCAGUGAAGAAGUGUUAAGUUGUGAGGCAUCGAUUGGAAUACUUUAUCCAUUCCUGUGAUAUUUUCAGCGCUUACUUAUUUGUUUCCAGUUCAUUGAAUAUAUAUAUAUAUAU